CUGGGCAAUGAUUCGUGUGCUCACGGCACUCGUUUAACUCCCCGUUCAUAAUGGUGUAAACGCCAUGCACAUGAUACAUCAAGCCACACUUGGCGCGCCGUUCAUCUCAGCUAGUGAUGUGCACUGCAGAUCUGUGACCGCGAUACUGGGUCGUCUCCAGAUGAUCGGUCUCCUCCGGUUCUAUUCCGAGAUGAAACUCCACGUGCACCCGGCUCCCGCCCGAGUAUUCACAAAUGUCGGGGAGAUUAAUACUGGGCACGAAUGGUGCCGAUGGGGAGAAUAAAACCGUCGGACCUGCGAUGCAGAUCUUUACAAAAGGCAGACAUACUUUGGCUUUCUCCCAGUUCAUCAAACCUUCUCACCCAAAAACUCUCGUUUUCGCUAUUUUCCGUGUGGAUUCUGCCCGGAUUUCGGUAUAUCCUCUUAAGCUUGUUUUUUAACUUCACACUAUUGGAACCGACCACAAUGAAGUUCGUACUCGCCGCAUCUUUGUUCGCUGCUAUUGUCGUCGUGCCGGUAACGGCCGGAGAGUGCGGCACGUUCGGGACCGACUUCGGGGCUUGUCUGAACUGGUGUUCUGAUACCAAUCCUGGCGCCGAACGAUACAUCAUCGACGGAUGCUACCGGGCUGUCUGCUCCAGCUGCAGGCCUGCGAAGGAACGAUGUAAGUUGAUCCGCCCGAGUGCACCGCGAUCUGUGACGAUUUGACUGAUGUGUGAUGCGUAAAGCACUCGAGGCACGAGUUUUCCAGGCAUGAAAAUGUCCAAGAAGCAUCGAACAAUCUCGACAUAUUCUCUCUCUCCCCG